AUGAUCUAUCUAUCUAUCCAUUUAUCUAACUCAUUUUCAUAUAUAGUUAUUCUUUUAUAUUAUCUAUCAGUUCACAUGUAUCUUUCAAACAGUCUAUAUCAUUCCCUUCAUAUCUCUGUUAAUUUAUAUUUAACUUUAUUCAUAUCUGCCUAUCGUUCCUCUCUCUUUAUUUCUAUUUAUUUAUUUAUCUAUCAACCUUUGUAUGCUGUCCUGAAUUUAUAUCUGGCCUACCUCUGUCUGUUAACUUCUUGCGAAAAGACCUAUCUCUCAAAUAAAUCAGAAUAUCUUCUCCCCCUUUCUCAGUCUUCUCCCCCUUUCUCAGUUUUUACCCUUUUCUCAGUCUUAUUCUUCUUUCUUAGUCUUCUCCCCAUUUUUCAGUCUUCUCCCCCUUUCUUAGUCUUCUCCCCAUUUUUCAGUCUUCUCCCCCUUUCUCAGUCUUCUCCCCCUUUCUCAGUUUUUACCCCUUUCUCAGUCUUAUUCUUCUUUCUUAGUCUUCUCCCCAUUUUUCAGUCUUCUCCUCCUUUCUUAGUCUUCUCCCCAUUUUUCAGUCUUCUUCUCCUUUCUCAGUCUUCUCCCCCUUUCUCAGUUUUCUCCCCCUUUCUCAGUCUUCUCCUCCUUUCUCAGUUUUCUCCCCCUUUCUCAGUCUUCUUCUCCUUUCUCAGUUUUCUCCCCCUUUCUCAGUCUUCUUCUCCUUUCUCACUUUCUCCCCCUUUCUCAGUCUUCUUCUUCUUUCUCAGUUUUCUCCCCCUUUCUCAGUCUUCUUCUCCUUUCUCAGUUUUCUCCCCCUUUCUCAGUCUUCUCCCCCUUUCUCUGUCUUCUCCUCCUUUCUCAGUUUUCUCCCCCUUUCUCAGUUUUCUCCUCCUUUCUCAGUUUUCCCCCCUUUUUCAGUCUUCUUCUCCUUUCUCAGUUUUCUCCCCCUUUCUCAGUGUUCUUCUCCUUUCUCAGUUUUCUCCCCCUUUCUCAUUUUCUUCUUCUUUCUCAGUUUUCUCCUCCUUUCUCAGUCUUCUCCCCCUUUCUCAGUCUUCUCCCCCUUUCUCUGUCUUCUCCUCCUUUCUCAGUUUUCUCCUCCUUUCUCAGUCUUCUCCUCCUUUCUCAGUUUUCUCCCCCUUUCUCAGUCUUUUUCUCCUUUCUCAGUUUUUCCCACUUUCUCAGUCUUCUUCUUUCUCAGUUUUCUCCCCCUUUCUCAUUCUCCUCCUUUCUCAGUCUUCUCCUCCUUUCUCAGUUUUUUUCCCCUUUCUCAAUUUUCUCCCCUUUUCUCAGUUUUCUCUCCCUUUCUCAGUUUUCAAACAGCACAAUGCAGCGAGACCAAUGCCAGACUAA